AUGUUUUAUGAGUAUACUCUUAGUUUCUCUCCUCACGCGGCGAUUAAAAAGGCUAUACAGACUUAUGAAGAAAAUGGAGUGACACUGGCGCAACAAGCUGCCAGUGUCACUCCGAGCACAAAAAAUUUUGCCUCGAAAAUGUACCAUGAACGACUCGAAUUCUGGAAAGCGGAAGGGUAUUCUGUAACGAAAGUUUUCGACGAGUUAGAAUUACGCAAUGAAGACAGAAAAUUCCUCGUGAUUUACAAAUUGAAGACUUUGAGCGAUUACAUCUGGUCAAGCUCUAACAAGGCCAAAGUGGUGACAGAUGAGAUAAAAGAUCUCGCACGCUUGACCUCAAUAGCAUUAACAGAAAACCUAAAGAUAAAGCCUAGACUUUCAGCCACAUAUGUACGGGAUAAGCUGAUUGAAACAUGGACUCACGAUCCAAUUUCGCCGGAAGACCUGUUCAGCAAACUAACUAGCGAGAAGGCUAUUGCUGGCAAGGACCACGAGUCAAAAUUGGAUGAAGCCAAUACGAAAUUUGACCGUGAGUACCACAUUACUUUUAGUAAUCCCAGGCGCUCAUAG